AUGUAUGAGUCCAUGUCUGGUACCAAUGCUAGAGUCGUGGGAUGGAGCAACCUAGUGUGGAAUAGGCUAUCAGUUCCUAAGCAUAGAUUUGUUCUUUGGCUGGCAAUGCUAGACAGACUUAAGACAAAAGGAAGUCUACACAAAAUGGGAAUAGGGAAUGAUAAUUUAUGUGUAAUAUGUAGAUGUUCUGAAGAAAUUAACUUCUCCUCACCUUUUUUUGAGUGUGCUUAUGGGACUAAAUGCAUAUCUGUAAUAAUGGAUUGGCUAGUGACCCCACUUAGUACAAUUUCUAAAUCCGCCACUGACUGCAAGGGAAGUUUUAAAAAGAAAGUGGUUGACACUGCCAUAACCGCUCUCGCCUAUAGCAUAUGGAGAGCAAGGAAUGUUGUUGUUUGGGAGCUGAAGCCGAGUGAGAAGACUUAUGCAGACAUAGAAGCUGCAUAUAGAUGUCUUGUGGAAAGAUAUGGAGUGAAAGAGGAAGAUGUUAUAUUAUAUGGGUAA